AUGCCUUCAUCGCAUUACCUGAUGCAUAGUGCAGGAUCGGUUCGAUCCGAGACCGAGCAGAACCUUACCACAUGCAACGGUGACCAUAAAGAGGGAGAGCUACAGCAGUCUCAGGCAUUCAAAAAUUGGCUGUUGUCCCGUCUAAAGCUUCCAUCAACGCAGUCAAUGCACAAUUCGAAAGUACGCCAGAUAAAUGCCUACGAUAAUAAUGAGCUGCAAGCCAUACUUACACAGCCUGGCGAAGCGGAAGUGUGUCUUCUUAUCGAUAGCCCAUACCGCAUACUAAGGGCAGCCGAGUCCGGCAAUUUGGAAGAGUUCAUACGUCUGUACGAAGCGGACGUAACCCGGCUGGCGGUACAGGAUAGCAAGGGUCGAACAGCAGCCCACCAAGCAGCUGCGCGGAACCGUGUGAACAUUCUUUCGUUCAUCCAUCAGGAAGCAGGAAAUCUCAAUGCACAGGACAUGAUUGGCAACACACCACUCCAUACGGCCGUCGAGAAUGAUUCGUUGGAUGCGCUGGAGUUUCUACUGAAAGUUCCGGUGGCUACAAACAUUUUGAACGACAAAAAGCUUGCUCCGGUACAUCUGGCUACGGAGCAGAACAAGGUGAUAUCCCUGCAGGUUAUGGGUAAGUAUCGCGAAGUUAUCGACAUACAGCAAGGCGGAGAACACGGCCGUACGGCGCUGCACUUAGCGGCUAUCUAUGACAACGAAGAGUGCGCCCGAAUUUUGAUUUCCGAAUUUGGAGCAUGCCCGCGGAAGCCCUGCAACAACGGUUACUACCCGAUCCACGAGGCAGCCAAAAACGCUAGCUCCAAAACGAUGGAAGUCUUCUUUCAAUGGGGCGAAUCGAAGGGCUGCACCCGGGAGGAAAUGAUCUCUUUCUACGAUUCCGAAGGGAACGUACCGCUACACUCGGCCGUGCACGGUGGCGACAUUAAAGCAGUGGAGCUAUGCUUGAAGUCGGGGGCCAAGAUUUCCACCCAGCAGCAUGACCUUUCGACGCCGGUGCACCUGGCUGCCGCGCAGGGCGCCAUCGAGAUCGUGAAGCUGAUGUUCCGCUCGCAGCCACUCGAGAAACGCGGCAGUCUCAAUUGCACCGACAUCCAGAAGAUGACCCCGCUGCACUGCGCGGCCAUGUUCGACCACCCGGAAAUUGUCGAGUAUUUGGUGAACGAGGGCGCUGACAUCAACGCUAUGGACAAGGAGAAACGGUCGCCACUGUUGCUGUCGUCGUCGCGAGGCGGUUGGCGCACCGUCACAUCGCUGAUUAGGCUAGGGGCUAACAUCAGCUUGAAGGAUGCCAACUCGCGCAACGUGCUACACUUGGUCAUCAUGAACGGGGGCUGCCUGGACGAGUUCGCUAAGGAGGUGUGCCGCGCGCAGUCCGAGUUGUGCCUGCUGCAGUUGUUGAACGAGAAAGACGAUGCGGGCUGUUCGCCCAUGCACUACGCCAGCCGCGAAGGUCAUAUUAGGUCGCUGGAAAAUCUGAUUCGUCUGGGGGCGUGCAUCAACUUGAAGAACAAUAACAACGAGAGCCCACUCCACUUUGCAGCCCGGUAUGGACGUUACAACACUGUGAGGCAGCUGCUCGACUCGGAGAAAGGCACGUUCAUCAUCAACGAAAGCGAUGGCGAGGGUCUGACGCCGUUGCACAUUGCAUCGCAGCAAGGCCACACACGAGUCGUGCAGAUGCUGCUGAACCGAGGGGCCCUGCUGCACCGGGACCACAAUGGGCGCAACCCGUUGCACUUGGCGGCCAUGUCCGGCUACACCCAGACGGUCGAGCUUCUGCACUCGGUCCACUCGCACCUGCUCGAUCAGGUGGACAAAGAUGGGAACACAGCAUUGCAUCUGGCAACGAUGGAAAAUAAACCGAAUGCCGUGGUGCUGCUGCUUGGUCUUGGCUGUAAGCUGCUGCACAAUUACAUGGACAUGAGCGCUAUUGACUACGCCAUCUACUAUAAGUAUCCGGAGGCCGCCCUGGCUAUGGCAACCCAUGAGGAGCGAUCCAGUGAGGUCAUGGCACUGAAAUCGGACAAACAUCCUUGCGUUACGCUGGCGCUGAUCGCGUCGAUGCCGCGUGUUUUCGAAGCCGUACAAGAUAACUGCAUCACCAAGGCGAACUGCAAGAAGGACUCAAAAAGCUUCUACAUUCGAUACUCGUUUAGUUGCCUUCAGUGUCCGGCACUGUACGCCCAAAUGGACGGUCGAACGGGCGAAGCGGUGCAAAUAUCUAAGCCCAUACCACUGCCUGCGCUCAACGCGAUGGUAUCUCAUGGACGAGUGGAACUGCUGGCACAUCCGCUAAGUCAGAAGUACUUGCAAAUGAAGUGGAAUUCUUAUGGGAAAUACUUUCAUCUGGCAAACCUGCUGUUCUACAGUGUAUUUCUGUUCUUUGUGACACUCUACACUUCGCACAUAAUGAGUAAUGUAGCUCCUGUCAGCCAUGCUACGGGCAAUAGUUCACAUGAAAACGACACUGGUAGACAGCAAGUAAUUCUAGCGUUUCGUUCCUCGUUGGACCGAAACAAACGAUACAACUAUGCUGCUAUCGCGAACAUCAACACGACUGCAACUGCACCACAAAUCGUGGAACAAUUGGACAUCACGACAACCACGCUGGUAUCCGGAAUAGGAAUCAUCAUCUACAUUGUCGUCAGUGCUCUCCGAGAGUUGCUGCAGGCAUAUCAACAAAAAUGGCACUACCUGUUGGAACCCAACAAUUUCAUUUCGUGGAUUUUGUACACGUCGGCACUGAUUAUGGUUUGGCCAAUGUUUGCGAGUGGCAUGUGUUACAACGUCAACUACUCUGCUGCCUCGAUAACCGUUUUCUUUUCCUGGUUCAAUCUGCUCCUGUUUCUGCAACGAUUCGAUCAGAUUGGGAUCUACGUUGUAAUGUUUUUGGAAAUAUUGCAAACUCUCAUCAAAGUGUUAACCGUUUUUAGCAUCCUAAUAAUAGCUUUUGGCCUAGCGUUCUACAUUCUGCUAUCGAAGGUUGAGGAACCGCAGGUUAACCACCUGUCGUUCUCGUCCAUUCCAAUGUCGUUGGUACGCACGUUCUCUAUGAUGCUGGGGGAGAUGGAUUUCGUCGGAACAUAUGUUCAACCAGUUCACGCCGGAGAUCUGCCGUUUCCGUUGCCUUCAUUUGUAAUACUUUGUUUGUUCAUGAUACUCAUGCCCAUUUUGCUCAUGAACUUGCUGAUCGGUUUGGCCAUCGGUGAUAUCGAUCGUGUCCGCCGAAAUGCUCAACUGAAACGUCUCGCUAUGCAGGUGGUUUUACACACUGAACUGGAACGCAAGCUUCCGCAAAUGUGGCUCGAGAUGGUGGACAAGAUGGAAUUGAUAGAGUAUCCUAACGAGAAGAAAUGUAAACUCGGAUUCCUUGACUCGGUGCUGCGGAAGUGGUUUUGCAAUCCGUUCACGGACGAAUAUAAAGGGGGGCUCGAUUUGGUACUCGACAACACGGAAGAUUACUUGGCAUUGGAGUUAGAGAAGCAGAAGAGGAAGCUAAGGGACAUUACCUGUGCACUGGACACUCAGCAUCAGCUUCUCAGACUGAUCGUGCAGAAAAUGGAGAUUAAAACUGAAGCAGAUGAUGUAGAUGAAGGCGUUCCGACGAGUGAUGUCAAAGGGCUGAAGGCCAGUCGUACCUCUCGCUGGUCAUCACCAAGAAUAAGAAAGAAGCUGGGCGCUACAUUGAGCUUCAACAGAUCAAUUAACAAAUAG